AUGAAGUACAUCCUGGUCACGGGCGGGGUGAUCUCGGGCAUCGGCAAGGGGAUCAUCGCCAGCAGCAUCGGCACCAUCCUCAAGUCCUGCGGGCUGCAUGUCACCUCCAUCAAGAUCGAUCCCUACAUCAACAUUGACGCUGGCACCUUCUCCCCGUACGAGCACGGGGAGGUGUUUGUGCUGGAUGAUGGAGGGGAAGUGGACCUGGACCUCGGUAACUACGAGCGCUUCCUCGACAUCCGACUCACCAAAGACAACAACCUGACUACUGGGAAGAUCUAUCAGUAUGUCAUCAACAAGGAGAGGAAGGGAGACUACCUUGGCAAAACCGUCCAAGUUGUUCCCCACAUCACAGAUGCUAUACAAGAGUGGGUAAUGAGGCAGGCACGAAUUCCUGUAGAUGAAGAUGGCAUUGAACCCCAAGUUUGUGUGAUUGAGCUUGGUGGGACGGUAGGCGAUAUUGAAAGCAUGCCUUUCAUUGAAGCCUUCCGCCAGUUCCAGUUCAAAGCCAAAAGAGAGAAUUUUUGUAACAUUCAUGUCAGUCUAGUUCCCCAGCCAAGCUCUACAGGAGAGCAGAAGACUAAACCCACCCAAAACAGUGUUCGUGAACUCAGAGGUCUUGGUCUCUCACCAGAUCUGAUUGUUUGCAGGUGCUCCACUCCAUUGGAUACCUCAGUAAAAGAAAAGAUUUCCAUGUUCUGUCAUGUUGAACCAGAACAGGUCAUCUGCGUUCAUGAUGUCUCUUCUAUCUACCGGGUUCCUCUGUUGUUAGAGGAGCAGGGGGUUGUUGACUAUUUCAGACACAGGCUUGACCUUCCCAUCGAGAGGCAGCCCAGGAGGAUGCUCAUGAAGUGGAAGGAAAUGGCUGACAGGUACGACCGUCUCCUUGAAACAUGUUCCAUUGCGCUUGUUGGCAAAUACACCAAGUUUUCAGAUUCCUACGCAUCUGUCAUUAAAGCACUGGAGCAUUCUGCACUGGCUAUCAACCACAAACUUGACAUUAAGUAUAUUGACUCUGCUGACUUGGAGCCGGAUACUCUGCAGGAAGAACCUGUCCGAUACCAUGAAGCAUGGCAGAAGCUGUGUGGUGCUGACGGAGUUCUGGUUCCUGGUGGAUUUGGUGUUCGAGGGACAGAAGGCAAAAUUCAAGCUAUUUCUUGGGCAAGAAAACAGAAAAAACCCUUCUUAGGAGUUUGUUUGGGAAUGCAGUUAGCAGUUGUGGAGUUUGCACGCAAUGUUCUUGGUUGGCAAGAUGCUAACUCGACAGAAUUUGACGCCAAAACUGCUCAUCCAGUGGUCAUAGACAUGCCGGAGCACAAUCCUGGGCAAAUGGGUGGGACCAUGAGGCUUGGCAAGAGAAGAACGCUCUUCCAAACCAAGAACUCAAUCAUGAGGAAGCUGUAUGGAGAUCAUGAUUUCUUGGAAGAGAGACACAGACACAGAUUUGAGGUCAAUCCAGAAUUGAAAAAGUGUUUUGAAGAGCAAGGUUUGAAGUUUGUAGGCCAGGAUGAGGAGGGAGAGCGAAUGGAAGUGGUUGAGUUGGAAGACCAUCCUUUCUUCGUUGGUGUUCAGUAUCACCCUGAAUUCCUCUCUAGACCAAUUAAGCCAUCUCCCCCGUACUUCGGCCUCCUCUUGGCGUCUGCAGGAAGACUCACGCAUUAUCUACAAAAGGGCUGCAGGCUCUCACCCAGGGACACCUACAGCGACAGAAGUGGCAGCAGCUCGCCUGACUUGGAGAUAACAGAGCUGAAGUUUCCAUCAGUAAAUCAUGACUGA